GCUAGUCAAACCUCUAUAUUGUCGAAUAUGAAAAUAAUUUCUAGAGGCACUUGAAAAUGGACAAACUAAAUGACACUAGGAGCCCAAAGUCUCCUCUAUUCUGGAGGUCUGUGAUGAGAUCAACUGAAUUCAAAAUAGCCCAAGUGUGAGAAUUUCCUGUUCAGACCCUAAAGUGACACAUUGAUGAGAAAUCUCCCUUCUCCACUCUUGCCUCGCUCUGAGCCUUCACAGAGCAUUCUGCAGAGAUCACAGACAUUUCUUCUUUCUUAUCAAGAGGAGCCUGGACACUCCACUAAAGGCUGCAGGACAUUCUGGGGACAGAAGCUGCAGAGAUGAAGAACCAGAAAGUAACCUACUCAGGACUGAACCUGGCCAAGGACCCAAAGAGGCAGCAAAGAAAAUCUAAGGGUGAUAAAAGCUCCAUUUCAGUAACUGAACAGGAAAUAACCCAAGUGGAAUUAAACCUUCAAAAUGCUACUUCAGGGGAUCUUCAGGGGAAAGAGAAGACCUGCUACUACCAAUUUUCACUGCUACCUCCAGAGAAGCUCACUGCUGAGAUCCUGGCCAUCAUUUGCACUGUCCUAGUGGGCUCUGUGUUAAAAAUGAUAUUAAUAGCUCACAUUCCCUGUACAUUAACACAGAAGCCAAACAUUUCUUUUCAGGCUAUAAGAACUCAGAAAGCAUACGGUUGUGGUCGUUGUCCAGAAGAGUGGCUCGCAUAUUCCACCAAUUGUUACUACAUUAGUAAGGAAACAAAAACUUGGGAUGACAGUGUGAAGGCCUGUGCUUCUAAGAACUCUAAUCUGCUUUAUAUAGAUAAUGAAGAAGAAAUGAAAUUUCUGAGCUCCCUUUCAAAGAAAGCGUGGAUUGGAGUCUUUCGUAACAGCAGUGAGCAACCCUGGGUAUCAAGAAAUGGGUCAACUUUCAAACUUAAAAUAGAGGAAUCAAUACCUGGUAAACAUAACUGUGCUGUGCUACAGUCACCCAGUCUUCACUCAGGUGGAUGUGAAUCUACAAAAACAUAUAUUUGUAAGCAUGAGUUUUAGAAGUAAAGCACCUGAUUUUGGAGUCGGCCAGGUAAUAUUAUGUUUUGUGAAAUGGAAAUAAUAUUAUGAUUUCAUCAGUCAAUGAAUUGUAAUUUGUUUAGUAAUGAAAAGAUAUUCAAAAAUAAUAUUUGUAGAAUAAUGCAGACAAUAGAAAGAACAGGAUAUCGUCGCUUUUGUGUCUGUUUUUUUGUUUGUUUGUUUGGGUUUUUUUGCUCAACAUUGUACCCGUGGCAUUCAUGUGUUCAAAAAAUUGCAUGUUAUGGGCAUCUGUCUACAUGAAAUAUCAAGAAUGGGCGAACCCUUAGAGACUGAAACAGGAAUAGUCAUGAAAGGCUAAGUUCGGGAAGUUGGAAUAGGAAGUGACCACUAAUUGCUACACUUUUUUGGGUGAUGAAACUUUUCCAAAUUUUGGAAGUACUUUUGUUGUAACUCUGUAAACAUACUAAAAUUAACUGAUUUAUAUACUUUAAAUAGAUGAAAUUUAUGCUAUUUACAUAACAUCUCCAUAGCACUUAUUUGGAAAUAGCUCUCCUGCAAUUAUGUUUGGGACUGCAUUAUUCUUUAAAGUCAUAUUCAAAGAUUAGGCUUCUGUAUAAAGUUAACUUUUCCUAUCAAUGUCAUGCUAUGUACAGCAAUAUAUUACGUUUUCUUUCAUUUCUUUCUAUCAUAUUUUGUAUUGAUUGGUAUUGAAGUCAUACAGAAAUCUAGAUAUUUCUCAUUUAUGCCUUUAUGAAUAGCAACCCCAUUUUAAAAUUUUCUUUAGUUAUUUUGUUGCUGUAAAUAGAAAUACAAUUGACAUUUGUACGUUGAUCCCAUAUUAAGUUACUUCAUUGAUUUUAUGUAUUAACUCUACUACUUCAGGUAUAGGAUUUCUGGAUUUUCUAUAUAAACUAACUACUAUUUUUCCUCUAAUAACCACACUUUUAUUUUUUUCCUGAUGCCAUAAAUUUUUUCUUUAUUUAUUUUCACUGUCUAGAAUUUUAUUUUCUAUGAUGAAGAGAAAGCACAAUAAUGGUUCUAUGUAUAUCAUAUGUGUUAUUUCCUGUUUUUGAUGAGAAGAUUUCAACAUUUCAUAUUUUUGAAUUUUCUUAUAACUUUAGCAUAUUCAAGCAGUUUUAUAAUAUUCCCAUUUUCUACCAGGUUUUGCUUUGAACCCUGGUUACAUUUUAAUACUUUUGCGUCAAUUGAAAUCUUAUAUAUUUUCUCCAUGUAAUGUUUAUAAUCUAAACCACUUUUAUUUUCUUUAAAUGUUCAAUAAGUUUUGGAUUUCUGAGAUAAAAUCAUACUGGUCAUUCCAUAUUAUUCCUUUAAUGUAAAUCAGUAAAUAUAUUACAUUAGAGUAGCAUUUCUUUCAUAAUCCGUGUUCACAAAGAGAUUCUAUUAUGUUUUUACUAUUUUACUAUUCUAUUAUGUUUUUACUGAUUGCUACAUACUUGAAAGUUCGUGCUAUCAAGACAACACUGGGAAGCAUGGACAUUAAAUUGUAUUUAUAAAAUGAUUUCAUACUUUUUGUUAUCUGCUAAAACUAUAAGAUAUUCUUACAUUUAAUCUAGAAAAAAUUUUGUGUCUU